UUUGUCCAUUCGUAUGAUCCCAUUUCGAUGGCACGAAGAGAUCGCUGAAGGAAUUCUCGAUUCCUCUCCUCGUGGUGAAAUCCUGUUCCGAUUUGAUCGUUUAUUAGGCAGUCGAGUGUGGAUAGGCCUCGGAUCUCGUUGUGUUUGUGGUGUGGGGGAUGAGGAAGAAUCGGAGCGAAGAGAGGCUGCUCGGGGAGGGAACACGGAGCCUGGAGCAUGGUGCAAAAUCACUCGUUCAUGACACUUUCCGGUGUCCGGGUUCCUGCAGGAGUGGUUUUUGUGGCGUUCUGGUGCAUACCACAUGAAUUUUUUUCGCUUGAAUUGGAGAGCGAGUGCGCUCAUCCGCGGGCCUCAUGAGUUUGACUCGAAUUCUCAACGCCGUAUUUUGGACUUGCAGGACGUGAUCGAUGGCAUGGGUAUCAGAGAUGAACACUCUCCGAUCGAAAUCUUUGAAAGGUUCCCUCCAGUCGCGUUUCCGUGCUUCUUGCAGUCAGCUUGUGCAGCUGGGAGAAGAAUGUGCACCGGAUUUCGAGAGAGGCAUCCGAUCGUCUGUCAAAAGCAGUAGGGCAGUUUCACUCGAUCUGGAGAAUGAGAGACAGAGACAAAGAGCUCUGUACAUUUCCAGCUGUAGUUUGUCACGAGAUGGGCAGAAACUAUGGAAACGGAAAAUUUUCUCGAAGACAGCAGUGGCGUGUACGCAAUUAUCUUCUCUGGACAGAGUUAAUGAGUCGUGGCAACCAGUAUGGCCCUGUAAGCCAGGUGCUGAAUUUAGUCCGAGUCCUUUCAGAUGGUAUUCAAGCUCUUCUGGAGAUAUCUCUGAGGGAAACAGAGUGGCAAAUCUGAAACAGAUUUCUUCAGCUGGACCUGACAUUCAUCUCCUGGAGAGGGGAGGUCUAAAGAGCGAAUCUCUCAAAGAUGGGCAAUCUCCAAGCCGCACCAGAGCUGAGCUCCUAGACCUAGUAGUACAAAAAGGGAAUUGGGGACCGCAGACUAUCCUAAUGCUGCAGGGACUGGCUCUCGAAUUGAAUCCUGAUGUGAUCAUUCCGGUCUUCAGAGACGCGAAGGAUUUAAGUAAUCAGUUGCAGUUUUUGUACUGGGCCGGACAACAGCUGACAUUCAAGCCUGCCCUCCACAAUCGCACAUCCAUCACCAAGUUGUUGUCUGGCGUGGAUGAAUUUUCAACCAUCUGCCGAGUUCUGGCUGAAAUGCGGAGAGUAGGGUGGAAACUGCCCAACACGACGAACAUGGAUAUUGCGAAAAGUUAUGCCAGAGCGAGAAAGAACGUCGAGGUUAUCAAGCUUUUGAAUGGAACAGGAGCUCGCAGAUAUAACCCCGAAGACAAUGUUCCCUGGAACUGUAUCACUUACUUGCUCGUCAAAUCUAAUUGCACAUUUUCGGCUUUCAGGCUUUACCAGAGAAUGCUGCAGCUGGGCGGACAGCCAGAUUCGAACACUCUCAGUGUUCUGGUCGAUGGCUUUAGUAAAGCCGGCGAAGCGGAUUUGGCAUUCAGGCUUUUGGAUAUGUUGCCUCUGAGGGGAGUGAGUCCCAAGGCUGUCACAUACACCAGGUUGAUAGACAAUCUCGGCAAAGCGGGCAAGAUUACUGCAGCCAUGAAAUUGUUUGAAGACAUGAAAUCCAAGGAGUGCGAGCCCACUCCUUUUACGUACAGCGUGCUCAUCAAUGCCCUUGGUCUGGCUGGCCGUACGAAGGAUGCAUACGAAAUAUUUCGUGAAAUGGACAGGAGACGUCCUGCUGUUGGAGACGUUCAUGUGUACAACAGCCUGAUCCACGUCCUUGGAAAGGCGGGUCAAGUGGAUUUGGCCCAUCACCUUUUUCAUCAGAUGAAGAAAAAAAACAUAACUCCAAAUGUUUCCACUUACAACAUUCUCAUAUUUGCUCUGGGCAAAGCAGAUAAGGUGAGCGAGGCCUGUGGGGUAUUCGAGCACAUGAAAACCCAUGGCCUCGAUCCGGAUAUCGUCACCUACAAUACUCUGAUUUCAGUUCUCGGCAAGACGGGCGGAGGAAACAGAAUACAUGACCCCAGUAGUGGGAAGAACGGGAACAGUUUACAGUUUCUAGCCUACGCCAAGGUGGUUGAUUGUCUUGUCAAGUCUGGACUGCAUGCGGCUGUCGAGGUUUUCAGGGAAAUGAUGCAGAACGAUUGUGGCCCUGAUCCGGUCACCUUCAACUUGCUGCUUGAUGACCUAGCAAAAGAGGGAAAACUGCGUGAAGCUCAUGAAAUCUUUGAAGAGAUGAAGAAGAAUGAGUGCAGCUUGACUGUCAUUACGUACACCACUCUCAUCGAUGGGCUCGGUAAGACUGGCCAGGUAGACAAAGCCCGAGAUCUCUUCCACGAAAUGAUAAAUGAAGGUUAUGCCCCGAACGUGGUUACUUACACCUCCCUCAUGGAUGCCUUCGGCAAAGCAGGAAGAGUGGAGGAGGCUCUGACUAUUUUGGAAGAGAUGCUUAAGAGCGAUGUGAGACCUGAUUUUAUCACGUACAAGGUUCUGAUCUAUUCACUUGACAAAGCGAAUGAAGCUUACGCUCUCUACGAAGACCUGAAAGAAAAGGGAGUGGUUGACGAUGCCCCAGUGCAUGAGAUCCUCAUCGAUGGCCUCGUCAAAGCUGGCAGUGUGGAGGAGGCCUUCAAACUCUUCGGUGAACUGAAGUGGAAAGGACACACUCCGGGUGUUAGCACCUAUUGCCUCCUGAUUGAUGCGUUGAGGAAGGCAGAUGAAGUUGACACAGCGUGCAAAUUGUUACAGGAAAUGAUUAGUAGUGGCUGCUCUCUGGAUGUAGUCGCCUACAAUCUUGGGAUAGAUCUUCUGGGCAAGUCUGGGAAGAUAGUUGAAGCGUGCAGACUUUUUGAGGAAAUGGAGAAGAAGGGCCUCAAACCAGGAAUCAUAUCCUACAGCGUGCUUAUUGAUGGUCUGGGCAAGGCUGGAAGGGUAGAGGAAGCCUACAUAGUGUUCAAGAAAAUGAAAGAUAGUGAUUGUGUCAUGGACGUGGUGACAUACACAAUACUCAUCGACCUACUAGGAAAAACUGGCAAGAUCUACGAGGCACUCGAGCUCUUUUACGAGAUGACGAGAAGAGGGGAUACUCCUGAUGUAGUCACGUACAGCUCUCUGAUUGACGGCUUAGCCAAGGCUGAUAGGAUAGACGAAGCCCAUGAGCUUUUUCUGGACAUGACAGGAAAGGGCUGCACUCCGAAUCCGGUAACUCUGAAUUCCUUGAUCCAUGGCCUGUGCAAGGCUGGUAGGUUGGAGAUCGCCAGUAAGCACUUUGAGGAGAUGGACAGGUGGGGAUGUUCUCCAAACGUGAUGGUGUACAACACCAUGAUCGAUGGCCUCGCUAAGUCUGGAAACGUGAAAGAUGCAUGCUUUCUCUUCGGUGAAAUGGAAAAGAAGGGCUGUCCCCCCAAUGUAGAAACAUACAAUAUUCUUAUAAGUGGUCUGGGUAGCGUAGGGGAAGUGACGGAGGCUUGGAAUCUAUUUGAGGAGAUGGAGUCCAAAGGGUUAUCACCAGAUGUUAUCACAUUCACGAGUCUUAUUCAUGGUCUAGGACGAGCGGGUGAAGAAGGUGCAGCCUACAAGAUUUUGCAGGUCAUGGAGGAAAAGGGCUGCUUACCAAAUAUUGUCACGUACAAUGCGCUGAUAAAUGCCCUUGGGAAAGCCGGGAAGGUGAAGGAGGCGUACAAAAUUUUGGAUGAGAUGAGAGCCAGAGGAUUUUCCCCAGAUGAUGUUACUGUGACGACCUUCCGCGUCGUACUGGGGAGACAGCAAAACUGGGGUGCAUGGGCCUAAAACAAGGUUGUUUGAAUCUUUGUUCAACACUUCCAAUAUGCAUCGCCAAAGAUUUUGCACACCCUGUUGUCGUGUUCUUGAGGAGAGUGAUGGUAGUGUGCAGCGCCGGAUACACUGAAAGCCACAUGAUAUACAUUGAUGAUGAUGAAAUCACAGCUUGAUUCCGUUCUGCACACGCGAGAAAGGCAACGCGUUUCCCCGUACCAUUUACAGGCCGCUGCAGAGCUCCACGGGAGGUUGCUAAACAUGUCAAGAAGCAAGGGUUGAAAUAUAAUGAGAUGAAGCAGAAAACUUGCUUCAAGUACCUUUCUCACCGCCAACCUACUGCUUCGUGCUGGCGUUAAGGGAGAAAUCACACGGAAUUGCACUAAGUUUCAGUCAUUAGGUGAGGCAUCCCUGCCAGUUAGAGGACCUUCAGUCAGUUGUGAAUAGGCCCUAAUGCUGGGGAUAUACAGUAUGGAAGAAUACGCCAGGUUGGAUAUACUUCAAACAGUGCGGAUUGAGUCUCUCUAUCUUAGAGUGGCCAAAGUAGGCCGUGAAUCACUGAGAAUGAAAUUUGAUCAGGUCAUCACAUUCUCAGGUCUACCUGAUGCAUUGUUUUACCAAAAUUAUUUUUUCCAAAGAAAUUGAACACAUCCUGCAAAUAUCUUGUCAGUAGGAAAUGCGGUUGUAGCUGGCGGAGAUGGUAUUGGGCCCUAGCGCCAUCCCACCCCUUGGUUUCUUUCAUGUACGACUUGAUGGGUUCUUUCCAUCCUUUUUAUAUACUUUUCUCCCGUGUCUCUUUACCUUCAUCAUAUGAAAAUUCAUGUCAUU